GUAGAAUUUCAUUUGAUGCCAAUUUGCAUUUGAGUGUUUUUUCCUCUAUUCCUUUUCUGUUAUCCUUUUUUUUUUUUUAAAACAAGAAGGCGGGGACCUUAACGCCCAGCCACCACUAUCCUUACCUUACACAAACCACCAACAAAAUCAAAUCAAAGGAAAGAAAGAAAGAACCCCUGUUCAUCGAAGAGUUGUUGGCAUUUCUGUGGCAGACAUAACGAGAAAUGGCAGAUGGUGAGGAUAUUCAACCUCUCGUGUGUGACAAUGGUACCGGAAUGGUGAAGGCUGGCUUUGCUGGAGAUGAUGCUCCAAGGGCUGUGUUCCCUAGUAUUGUGGGACGCCCUCGCCACACUGGUGUGAUGGUAGGUAUGGGCCAAAAAGAUGCCUAUGUUGGUGAUGAGGCUCAAUCUAAGAGAGGUAUUUUGACUUUGAAGUACCCAAUUGAGCAUGGAAUAGUUAGCAAUUGGGAUGACAUGGAGAAGAUUUGGCAUCAUACCUUUUACAAUGAGCUCCGUGUUGCUCCUGAGGAGCAUCCUGUUCUUCUCACUGAAGCUCCUCUCAAUCCUAAGGCCAAUCGUGAGAAGAUGACACAGAUCAUGUUUGAGACCUUUAAUACUCCUGCUAUGUACGUUGCCAUCCAGGCCGUCCUUUCCCUUUAUGCCAGCGGCCGUACUACUGGUAUUGUUCUGGACUCUGGAGAUGGUGUGAGCCACACAGUUCCCAUCUAUGAAGGCUAUGCUCUCCCGCAUGCCAUUCUGCGACUUGACCUGGCAGGCCGUGAUCUCACUGAUGCUCUUAUGAAAAUUUUGACUGAGCGUGGUUACUCUUUCACCACCACUGCAGAGAGGGAAAUUGUAAGAGACAUGAAGGAGAAACUAUCCUACAUUGCUCUUGAUUAUGAACAGGAGCUAGAGACGGCAAAGACCAGCUCAUCUGUCGAGAAGAGUUAUGAGCUGCCAGAUGGGCAGGUUAUCACCAUUGGCGCUGAGCGAUUCCGUUGUCCAGAGGUCCUCUUCCAACCAUCUAUGAUUGGGAUGGAAGCUGCUGGCAUACACGAAACCACUUACAACUCAAUCAUGAAGUGUGAUGUCGAUAUUAGGAAGGAUCUCUACGGCAAUAUUGUCCUCAGUGGUGGCUCUACUAUGUUCCCAGGCAUUGCUGAUAGGAUGAGCAAGGAGAUCACAGCAUUAGCCCCCAGCAGCAUGAAGAUUAAGGUGGUGGCACCACCAGAAAGGAAGUACAGUGUCUGGAUUGGAGGUUCCAUUUUGGCAUCCCUCAGCACCUUCCAGCAGUGCAGAUGUGGAUUGCAAAGGCAGAAUAUGAUGAGUCUGGACCAUCAAUUGUCCACAGGAAGUGCUUCUAAUAAUGCAAAGCAUAAAGCUAAAGCCGGAACGCAUCCUAUACAAAAUUCUUUUUUUCUUUCUUCUCUUUUUGUUUGCAGAAGGCUUCUAAUCAAGUGGUUGCAAAAAUUUUCUCUGUUUUUACUCUUUUAUAUUUUGUUAUUUUUCCAUCUUCUGUUUUGCUCUGUUAAUGUCUGGACACCAAAGAUGAGGGCGAGUGAUAAAUUUUCAAUAUUCAAUUUUUUCAUUUAUUUGGUUGUAGAAGCAUUGUGUAUUUUGUAACUGAUUUGGUUUGGGUUAAUUUAAGGGAUUCAUUACAAUAUUGUUUCUUUUAAGAGUCAUUUUACUUGAAUAAAAAGACAAUAAUUAUAUUCCUCCAUGUGUUAUCAACAA